CAAGAGUCAAACACUACUUGGAAGCACCUAAACAACGUGGUCAAUGGAAAUCGAUGGAACAUGCACCAUCUGGUCCUUUGUUUCUUACUGUGUUGGGCAUGUUAUAAACUUGUCACAGAAAAGAAGGCCUGCAAUAGUAAAGGCCUGUGUUGGCUAUGGUUUCUCACAUUUCCUUAAAUAUUUUGAAAUAGAUCUCUACUGAAAUAUGAAUUCCGCAAUGAAUAUAAUAGCAUGCUUACAAUAUACAAUCAGUAUAUAGAUACUUCUUUUUUAAUUCAAUGUGUUUUAACAGUUAUAAUUCUGAACAAGUCUUUGCCUCUCAAAAUGUUUUCAGUUAUUGGAAAGGUAUAUUCCUGUAGAAUUCUGGUUGAUGGUUGCAAUUUUAAAUGCUAUUAUCAAUAUUAAUGAGUCUUUUUAAUACAGAAAACAUAGGUUAAAUACUUUAGGGUUGGCUUGUUAUUGCAAAAUUUUUAGGCGUAUGUGGGAGCCAGAUAGUUACGGCAUGGCAGGAGGGGUUUUUUUCCACCGACAAGAACACAAUGCCACAUAAGUAAAAAGGGCUUCAGGACGCUAAAAGAUGUUCAAACCCAUUUUUCCUUGCAAAUUGUAACUACAUUUUAUCUCUUUGAAAUAUUACUGUUUAUAAAGCACAUGAAGUUUCAGAUCCCUGUGCUUUUCUGUGAACUUUUUGAGUGAACAAAUAGAAUUUUCUUACAGUGAAAGCAGAGGGACAGUACUGAGGGUGGGAUCAGAAUUUCUGAGAUUUGUUGAGGUUUUUCUGUGUUUUCUUUUACUGAGUGAUAUCUUUUUAUUAUUUAUUUUUUAAAGUUUCCUACCUCAGUAAAAGGUGGGUUUUCAAAACCAAUGAUUUUGUAAGAUAAAAUUACCAGAUGUAAUAAUUGUUUUAUAUAUGCAGGCAGAUGCAGCACUAAUUUGAGGGUGUUUGUGAGAUUUUAGGGUCUUAUAUUUUCUUGUAUAUCAUGAACGUUUCAGUAAAAAUACUGGUACUCUGUCCUGGGGUUGCAAACUGAUCUUCUGCUUGACUCUUCCCCUUAUUCCCUAAAAAUGAAAAGCUUAAGGAUAUGCAUUUGAGGAGGUCAUCAGUAAUAUCUGUGACAGCUUUAGAUUAAAGAAUAUUUACUUUGGAUGAGGCAGAAUUACUGUUCCAACAGUUUUCUGCAGUUAAUCUCACUGUCGUUAAUUAACACUAAACAAAAAAAAAGAAGAAAACAGUCUGUGAUAAUGAACAUUCAUGUUGAACUUAAUUUCCGAAUCUUUCUCUUUCCCCUUCUCUCACCCUGCUUUGCUCAGGGCUGUAAUUUGUAAGAAAGGAGUGCUUUGUUCAAGUCCAAGAAUCAAGUUUAUUCAAGUUACAUUCAAGUCUGUUCUUACCUGAGAAGGAAGUAACAGAAUAGGUGGGUGUUCACUGGAUUGACCGAGACCUACCUCUAAGGGACUGACCCUUUUAGGUGAACCACAAGUCUAAUAGUCUUUAGCAGUUAUCAUCACUUAAAUGUGGCUGGCUCCAAACCCUCUUGUGUUUUGCCUUCCCCUCUAGGAUCACAAGUUCUGUUUGUAGAGUACAAAGAUCUGCUUUUGUGUUUUUUCACAAACAGAUGAAGUGGCAAGAUAGCUGGCCAGUGUUUGGCUUACUUUCAUAGUAUACAAAGAAAUGUGCAAGCUUGGUAUGUGGCGAACUACAUACACAUAGGUGCUGCUGGUGAAAUGUUUAAGCUUGCAGCUAUUGUUGCAUUUGGAGGUUAUUACAAGUUUUUGAGCUCUUCAAACUGAAUGUGGGUUUUUUUGCUCAAAGUUAUGCAAGUCUGUGUCUAGAGUUUCACUGCUGUAAAACGCCUGCUAUUGUAAGGGAGAGUGUAUCCAUAGAAGGAACUUUAAGAUGAUUAUUAGCUGGUUAUUACUACUUCAAGUAUCCCAGGUCAGCAUUCCACCCCUAUUUGAAUUCACAGCUUUUCAGGUAAUUUUAAUUAGUUUGCUCUCGAUAUUGCAGGAUGUAUUCAAAAUUUAUUAGAAUCAGAAUUAUUGGACCAGUAGUAGUAAGAUUUUUAGACUACCUGUAAUAUUGAAAUAGGUUGUAUUAGGAUUUCCUUUAGAAAUAGAAGCCAAGCUACCUUAUUUUGAUGAGCAGAUCUCAUUCUGCUGUCUAGAUCUGUUGAACAGAGAUGAGUGUUGUUAAACUGCCUACUGUAACUGUUUUGAAGAGAAAAUUUUCACCUAUCACAAUUUCUUUUGGUAUUAAUGUUAUGUUUCAUAUUGAUAUUAUUUAAUGCCACCUUUCAGUUUUGUGGCACAUAAUAUAAAUAUCCGUGCAUGUUACUUGUUAAUUUACAUCUCUUUUUCAUUUAAGUUACACCCACACAGCAGUGUGUGGUGGGUCGCAUACCAUCUCAUUACGAAAUCUGUGGGUGUUACACACAGGAGAAGAAAGAAAGAAAGAAUGGAAAAAUGAGAGAAAGUAGCCAAGCCAAGCAAAUUCUUCCUAUUCUUCCUUCUGUCUGAACAAUUUCCCCACCCCUCCCAAAUGACCAGUAUGAGCAAUUUGCCAAAAGAAAAUUAAAAUAGGGCAGACUUUCAGAGAUUCAAUUUUGCCUGCAUCCAAUUUUCAUGGUCAAAGUCAUGCAAGAAGGGCAUUGAUCAGGAGAAUGACAAAGGUGAAGACUGGAAAAUUAAGGAAGGCGGCGAAGUUUACAUGGGCACAGAGGAAACAAGAAGGAGGAUGUGGAAAGAAAAUAUGGCUGGUAGAAAUGUUCACGUUGGAAAUGGAAGGAAGGAAGAAGCCAACAGUUUUCACAUUACUGCCUACUUUAUGAAGAGAUGGGUUAAUCUCCGUUGUGCUGUAGGGAAACGUUAUCGUGAGCUACGUGUGUUUCCAGACAAAUUUAUAGUUUGUGUCAGUAAACUUGAAUCUAAUGCAACUUCAUGGACAUACGAAAAUGGUGUAUUGCAGAAAGAAGAACUUUCCAAUGGGACAUCUGAAUACUUUACUGAAUCUGCUGAGAACAAGAAUCUUAGGAUUAGUCUGAAUGAACAAAUAAAGCAAGACAUCUUGAAAGAAAUUGUGAAAAGGACAAAACCAAGGAAAAGUAGCACAAGCAAACCUCAAAUCAGCAAGGACUCCAAGAAAGUGUAUCUUGGCUCAGUGGACUCGCAGACAGGGAACAGAAAGAAUGACUGUCAAACUUCUCCCAGUCCUCAAUCUGAAGUGAAAUGUAGGAGUACGGAGCUGCUGAAGGACUGCAUAAAUACAGCUGAGAGCAACUUGGAGCUUCCUGUUUUAGAGCUGGAAAAUUAUGUUAAUCAGAGACAGCCAGAUGAUGUUAGCAGCCAGCACAAACCUCACUCUGUGGAGUGGUUAAAGUCGAGUCUUCUAAGCGAGAACCCUCCUUGUAGCUCUGAGUCACCACUGCCAGGUCCAAAACAAAGUCAAAAAAUGACCAAUACACAGGCUCAGCAAAAGAGCUGUGGUUCAGAUGAAAAAAUAGAGCAUUUCAAAAAAGUAUCCUCUGAAGGGGGUCCUUUCAUUCCUAGCAAUACAGAAAUGAGUAAGCGCGAUGAUGAUUGUUUAGAUCCAUUCCUGAAGGAAAAGACCCCGCUUAAUUCCAGGUUGUUUUCUAAACAAGACUUGACAAAGACUGCGUCUGAUGAGGAGUCACUAGCUUUGGGAAAAAACCUCUCCCGGCCUCUCUCCAUGAGGAACAAUAUAGUGCAGAUAAACAAAAAUGAGCCAAGCACAACCACUGAAGAAUUGCCUACGAUGCCAUCAUCUUGUUUAGAACUGCAGCCUGUCUCUUCAGAGAAGCUUACCCAAAAAAGAAAAAAAGAAGUUGAAAAUGGUCUCAGGAAGUUAAAACUACGAAGGCUUAAGAAGUCAUAGUCUGAAAUACUACCUUGAUGGCAUGGGUGGAUGGCCAAAUUUGUGAAAGCAUAUGCAAAAAGUAGAAAGUAAUGAAAAAUAAUACAAAUACAAAGUCAAAAUUAGAUAAAACGUUUUAAGAAAAUUCAGUUAUUUUAAUAAUUUGGAACAGUAAUGAAGAUAAUUCUGUUAAGUCUUUAGGAAUUAGACAUAAAUAUUGUACAACCCAGUGUAGUAUUUAUAGAAAGAAAAAUCUCUUAAAAAUAAUAUUUACUAAGCAAAAUUUUAGAUCUAUGUAUGUUUUAGUACUGUUAAAAAGUCAUAGCAGCUGAUGACAGCAAAAGUUAAAACCACUUUUUUGAUGUUAGCAGCUGCAGUUAUUUAGUGUUUUGCUUGUUUCUGAACACAUAGUUUAUUUUAGUAAAAAUUCAUCCUUUCUCUCUCUCUGUUAGGAAUUUCAUGGUUUAUUCACAUGAUCUUUGCAGCAGUAAGGCAAACUGAGGUUCUUUCAAAUAAAUCUUUAACUAGGAUUUAAUGUUGCUGGUAAUUUUAAGGCCCACCUUUUCAGUGGGGUUUCAAAAUAACUAUGGUUUGUGCCUGUGCGGUUUUGAUACAAACACAUAUUUCUAACCCGAAUCAUGGAUACAAGCAAUCAUACAGUCAGUCUUUGGGAAAAUGAAGAUUGGUUUUAUAUAUAUGCUCACCUUGAUGUGCAAAUGUUGCCACUUGGAAAAGUUCAUACAUAAACAAGCAUGCAACAUCUUCAGGCAUUCCCGUUUCAAAAUCAGGUCUUGUUUGUGUGCAAGGACUGUUUUUCAUGUGUUAGCGAUACCCAGGUUAUUUCUUAUUUUAAGAUGGAGGGAAUUUUUAAUUGUACGGUGCUUUUUAGUACUGCUUUUGUAAGUUCUAUGCCAAUGGCUAAGGAAAUGUAGUUUUUUA